UGCUGUGGGAGUUCCUGCUUUUUUGACUUUUCUUUAUUGUUCCUUCCUGUGUUUGAGAGAAAUGUGGAGAUAAUGAGAUCUGAACUGGUCGGACUGGAGAAACCAGCUUUAUUCAACCAUUAACACACACACACACACACACACACUGAGACUCACACACACGCUCACACUCCCUGGAGUCCUUCUCAGGUAAGUUUAGAUGCCCUCACCCACCGGCGCUGGCAUGGCUGCCCCAGUGCCUAAACCCAGAGCCAGGUAUACGAUAGACAGGAACCUACAGAACUUACAGAGGUCUUUCACUGAAAGUGUCUCAGUGGAUGAACCAGAUGUCAACAGCAGGCCUGAGGUCCCCAGUGAGGCAGAAACCGAUAACCCGCUAAACGGUAGGCAUGAUGCCGUCACAGAGAGUGCUGGUGUGGGAUCCAGGCAACCACUGCUGUCCUCCUCAGCGUCCAUAGACGACUAUACCUCAGAUUCUUCAGAUGACGUUCCUUUAAAACCACAGGAAAACGUCAGUGUCCAGCAGCCCAAUUCUACUAGCACAGCCAAUGAGUCUCAGACAGGGAACACUCAGCAUGGAAACGAUCCAGUACCCACCCUGGUGCUCACCAAACCAGUUAAAACCAAAAAACCACGAGCUGCAACCAUCCGGGUCAGCCGGAGGAAAUCAUCCGCAGCCGGGCCAGGAGCCGCACUACCGGACACCAACCGCAGAGAGAGCGCCGUGUCUCGAUCCGGCUGGCUGGAUGUGUGGAAGAGCCGCAAACACAAUGUGCUCUGGACCACAUUUGAUGGCCAGCUGAUGUCACUGUGGAAGAAGCGCACGGACAAGUUCACAGAGCAUGUGUUCCACGUCUCCAGUAUCACCAAUGUAAAACAGCAGGACAAAGGACGCUUCUCCAUAUACUUUCGCAAAAAACACUUUGAGUUCAUGGCUAACACUGAUGCUGUGCAGGAGGGCUGGGUUACAUCACUCCACGCCUCUCGUGGGAGGGAGGCUCCGCCCCUGCCUCAGCACCACGGCCCUCUGACCAUGAAAGAGCCUCGCAGCAAAGUAUAUGCUGCCAUCUGUGGCCACAACCUGUGGAUCUAUAACAGCAAAGAGGACUUUAAUCUGGGUCUGGGGAUGACCUUAGUGUCGAUGAAUGUUGCGUCGGUGAAGCAGACCGGACGACACGGCUUCAGCCUUAUCACUCCCUACAAAAGCUUUAAUUUCUCGGCAGACUCCUCCAAGGAUCAGACCACGUGGCUGAACCAGCUGAACGAGGUGAUCCGCAGUGCCCUGUCCUGCAGUGAGGUGGCGCUGCGCCUGUGGGCCAGUCCAUGGAACAAAGUGUGUGCCGACUGUGGCAGCUCCAACCCAGAGUGGGCAUCCAUUAACUUGCUAGUGGUGAUCUGUGAGGCCUGCGCAGGAGUGCAUCGCUCUAUAGGCACCAGCCGGUCCAAAGUGCGCAGCCUCAAACUGGACAGUAAAAUCUGGACCGAGCCGCUGAUUAAACUGUUUAUAAUUUAUGGUAAUAAAGCUUCCAAUAACGUGUGGGGUCAUAACGUCCCGGCAGCGGAGCAGAUCCUACCGGACGCUGGUCAGGAAGAGCGGGAUGCCUUUAUAAAAGCUAAAUACUGCAGCGGCCUUUACCGCAAAACCCAUCCACUGAUCUCCAACCAGACUCUGCUCAACCAGCGUCUGUGUGAGGUGGUGUGUGGGGUGGAUGUGGAGGAGACCCUGUGCUUGCUGUGCUCAGGGGCGAAGGUCCUAACUGAUCCUCAGAGUCCCUCCGCCAUCAGCAUAGCAGAAAAUGCUGGACAAGCCCUGCAGACUGAACUACUGAGACACAACGAGUUCAUCGAGGCACCAACCUGUAACCAGCAGAAGCAGGAUCCAAAACAGAUCGGACUGGAGGAGCUGCAUGGGAAGCUGGAGGACGAGCGGUUUCUGUUCUCUCUGGAGAAUGAGUCGGCAGCCUGUGAUGUGCUGGACCUCCGAGAGGUCAUCUCUAUUUUCAACCUGUCCUCAGGGCAGACUCAUGAGUUUGAGGCACUGACACUGAUGGACAGUCUGUGCUGCACUGCAGAUGCUCAGGACUCCCUGCUGUCCCACAUGCUGCACAUUAUCAGGGUGGUGAUGCCGGGGCCGCUGCUGGAUGAGGAGCUGGAUGGGGUUCUGGCCGUUUCCAGGCUGUUUCUGAGAGAGGGCGGAGGGCUCCAGCAUGCUGAAGUGUGGGCUACACUCCGACCAGGGGAGAUGCUGAUUUACCCCACCCUGCCCAACACACCCUGCAGCGUCAUCCCCCUUAAAAAGAACACCCACUACAGUCUGCAUUCCCAGGAGAACACUAUUGAACUCACCGCCGCAGAACAGACGAUGUAUCUGCAGUUUGAGCGAGAUCAGAGCUGCAGCAGCUGGUUUAACCUGCUGCCCAAAGCCAUCUCAUCCAAGAGGAGGGGCAUCCAGCGGUCCUUGUACAUGCUGCCAGUGGGGCUCAGUGGCAGUGUUCCUCCUGAAUUGGAGCGCUGCAUCUCCCACAUCACCCUCUACGGGCUGAAGGUGGAAGGUCUGUACCGGCGCUGUGGAACAGGCACUAAGAUCAAUCAGCUGGUGAAGGACCUGCACUCGGCUCCAGCUGAGACUGUGCUGGGAACAGGGGAACUGGACAUUGUGGACGUGGCUGGGACUUUUAAACAGCUCCUCAGACAGAUGGACGAGCUCAUCCCCACACCACAGAGACCCGACUGGGCCAAGGCAGCAGCUGCUGCUCUGGAGACAGAUAGACUGCAGCAGUACCGCCGCCUGGUCAGCAAACUGGACCCUGACAACAGAGCCACGCUGGCAGCCCUCUGUGGACACCUCUACAUAGUGCAGCUGCACAGUCAGGUGAACCGGAUGACCGCCCAUAACCUGGCGGUAGUGUUCGUGCCCACACUGUUCCAGGAGCUCGCCAUGAACACAGACAUGGUGCGACUCACCAAGGAGCUCAUCAUCCACCACACACUCGUCUUCCUGAGUCAUCCAGAAGCAGUGGAGGAUGAAAUUAUCACUGUGUUCUGAAGCUCAGAAGACUGACCUCCGGUGGUCCAGGAGGGUCACUGCAGCACUUUUGUCCUUAUUUAAGCUUAGGGGAUCUGCUAUUAAACACUGAAUGUGUGAGUGUGUGUCUGAAGGGAUGGUGUUGGUGUUCAUGGGUGUUUAUGCCCUUUGCUAUGUUAUGAUUGUAUGAGUGUGUGAGUGUUUAUUGAUCCCAGAAGGCAAUUCUGUGAAUUAUUAUGGCAGAAAUCAGAACACAUGGGAGAGUAUAGGUGAGUGUGAUGUAAGCAGGCAGUUUAUUACUGAAUUAUUGUCAUUUCUACAGGUAUUAUUAUGCAGGUACGUGGAUCUCCAGCACAUUACAGUGUAAACAGUAUAUGUAAUAUUAAUAAUCAGAUUAUAUAUAUAAUGCUGUAUUUACAUGCUCUCUGAACAUGUCUUCCUAUUGUAACUUUAUCAAGUAAUUUAAUUGUAAUUUAAUUAAGAGAAUAUUUACUGGCUACACCUUUACUACUGUACUCAAUUAUAAUCCUCAAUAUAAAACAGCUCCAUUACAGACACACAGUCACUGAAAAGCAAAGCAAACAUCAAAACACAAGAAACACAACAGGGUUAAUAUUUGGGCCUCUUCACAUCCACCCUGAAAAAGAGAUAUAUUACAAAUGUUAAUGAUAAAGCAAACAGAGAGAGAGGAGUUAGAGAACAGAGAGAUAUACAUUCUGACGUGGAUGUUAAGACUGAGACCCAUUAUCAGAUAUGUAUUGGGUUUUAAGAACACAUACUAUAGCUGUACCUAAACAGAAUUGAAAAUGUCAGAUUGAGCUUGUUUUUGCUGUUCACACUGCCACACAGAUUACACAUCUGUUCACAUAUGACAAAAAUAAUAAGAUAUGGGCCACUUUUAUAUUAAAGGAGCAGUUUAAUGUUAAAUCAGAGUAUCCAGACUGAUCUCUGAGCCCAAAUUCAGUCGAUCAGACAGGGUAUGUUUGGUAUCUGAUGUGAGACUUUACACUGAACUGCUCUUUUAACCCUCUAUGGCAUGGCUAUGCCCUCCGGAAACAAACCAUUGUUUUAUUAUUACACUCUCUUAAAUCUUUAAUAUAUUUUUAUACAUAUUAAAAGCCUAAUUUGGCUGUUUUGUUUUCAUUUGCCAUCUAAAACAGGGAUUUUAUGCAGAUGACAACACUUUUCCAUAACAGGUCCCACAUAACAGCACUUAUGACAGUUAUAAACAUUGUUAGAUGGUUAAGUAAUAUCCUAAAUAAUUCUUAAUUGACACUAUUUCACACAUUAUUAAACACUAAAAUUUGAAUGCUUAAGAUUUUUGUAAAUGAUAAUGAAUUGAGACAUGAGAUAAAAAAAAGUAAAUGAUUAAUAAUGUCUUAACUGUCAACAAUUAAUUAGUUGACACAAUCUGUCAUAAGUACUGUUCAUUAAUGUAUCUUUAUUGUAAAGUGUUACCAUACAUGUCGAUUACAAGGCAAUCAAAGCAAGCUCUUAAAAAAAUGCACAGAUUUUUUUCUUAACAAAUAUAAAUAUCAUUAAUAUCAAAGGACACAAACAGUUUAGAAAAUAAUAAAUAAACUUACCCAUCAGCCUCCAUCUUCUUCCUCUUCUCAAUAAUCUGUGAACGAAACAAAGACAGACUAUUAUGCACCCUGUAACAAACUACUCCUUAAUACUAUAUUACUAUACUGUAACAUAAGACUAUACCUGUAUCUAUACACUUAAUCAUUAAAGGGUGUUCACACAACA